UCUAACUUAAGUUUGCCCUAACCUAGUGCAACAUUUUCACUCUUCGACAAUUGUCAAAGAUUUCACGAGCCUACUAUUAGUCCCCGUGCCACCCUUUACCACUGCACAUUGGUCUCUUUGUCAUUUUUUUUUAAUACAUAUUCGUUUAUUGUCAGCUGUUACGUGCUUUUAUUUAACGAAUCAUCUUUCGGCUGCAGACAGCUGUCAGAAUGACCAUCUUGUUCUUUGAGAUUCUUAUUUUUAUUCUUCGUGUGAAUUCGCCGUAAAAUUGUAUGUGCUCAAAAAAAUUUCUGAUAGUACAGAUUAAUACCUAUUCCCCAUCAAAGAAUUCGAAGUAUGUCAGGAACCAACGAUUGCAAGUUUCUGAAAUUUUCAUUUAAGGACAAUGAUUAUAAUUUUGUUGUAACUACGAAUAUUGAGGAUGAUUCUCCAUUCGAUUUACUCCUUAAACAAAGAUGGGAAGAGGCACAGAAGAAUGGAAUAUUCAAGUACACUCUGAAUAUCAGGAAACAAAAGAUUUUAGAAGGAAACUAUGGCUUCUUGGCACAAUUGAAUCCAGAUAGAGGAGAGAAGAGACGCAAGCCAGAGGACAUUACCACUAUGGUACAACCUUUUGAUUCUAAUAUAUUCAACUUUACUAAGAUAUCUGACAAUGAGAUUCUUUUUGAUAUUGGGAAUGGAGAUGGAAAUGAUGUAAUAGCUGUCAACGUUAGCCCUAUCGAAGUAUAUCAUAGCUUACUAAUCACAGAACGCUUCGAAUGCCUACCACAAAGGGUUACAAAAUAUAGUCUGAAAAAAGCUAUAGAGCUGUUACUCCUCAGUAAAUCACCAUACUUGAGAGUAGUUUUUAACAGCUUAUGCGCACAUGCAUCUGUUAAUCAUUUGCACUGGCAUUUAUAUUAUUUCAAAUAUCAAAUGCCUCUGGAGUGCAUAAAAAUUGAUCGUCUUCGGGGACCAGUGUUCGUAUUAUCACAAGUUCCAGCUAAAGGAUUUUGCUUGAAGUUAUCAUCAUUUCCAAAUCAUAAUAUUGACCAUCUAGUUUCAUGGGUAUAUUUCAUUGUUGAUUAUCUUCAAACGUCUGCCAUUGCACAUAACAUUUACAUUACCAGAGCUACAGAAAAUAUUGAAAUUAACACGUAUAACGAUAUACGGAUUUACAUUUGGGCAAGGAAAUCCAGUUCUGGUAUAAAAAGCACCUGCAACUUCAUUCCGGCUGUGUGUGAGCUCUUUGGACAUAUAUCCAUCAAAAGUGAAGAUGAGUAUGAAGAGCUAACAGAAGAUGCAGUCGCAAAUGUAUUAAAUGAUAUUACCUUACAUGCAUUUAAUUAUGUGAGGAAUAAUAUCUUAGAGAUGAAAUUAGAAAAAGAAGAACUACCAGCUAAUUUUUUAUAAAUAAUAUUUUACUAGACAAUCAAGAACUUAGUCAAGUCGAAUGUAUUUUAUCUAUAGACGAAAAUAAAUAACAGAAAAUUAAGUAA